AUGCCAGUCAGUUGUGAAGAAAAUGGUUUUCCUGGAUCAGCGUACCAAUUUGUCGACGUUAUAAUAAAAGAAACAGAAGUGGAUGGGUGUUUAAACUUCCCAGCUGGGUCCGAAUUCUAUGCUGACUGCGGACCUGUUGAAGACUGGGUUAUCAUUGAUAUAAGAAGAGCUGUUUUAGUAUCAGCAAUAAUGGUUUCGAGUAUUAACAGGCAGCGUGUGGAAGUUUAUCUUAAACAUAUUUUCGUUGCAAACGAAAGAUGGAGUUUUCUUAAUGAUGGUGCGUUACUGUGUUAUCACAAUGAAGCACUAUUCAGGGGUAUUGACAAUAUUUUUGCGUGUAACAGGUAA